AUGUCACCUCUGGAGUCAGCUGUAUUGGGAGCCAGUGAAAACUGCCCCUUGCACCUUCCUUUCUCUGUGGUGGUUGGAGCAGAAAUCCCACCGGAGAGGACCCCAGACUGCGACAGUGACCGCGCUGCCUUUGCCUCCCUGCAGGACACCAUUGGGCAGCUGGAGGAUGACCUGCGAAACACCAAGAAUGAGAUGGCCCGGCACUUGAGGGAGUACCAGGACCUGCUUAAUGUGAAGAUGGCCCUCGACAUCGAGAUAGCUGCCUACAGGAAGCUGCUGGAGGGGGAGGAGACGUACUUCAGCGAGGGAAGCAUCAGCCUUGGAGUGACCAACCCCUUCCCUAACCCUGCUUACUCUUUCCAGCCAAAGCUCUUUAGUUCCUCCAUGGUCACUAGUGCAAAAGCAUUCCCUCUGUCCAUCAGGAAAGAUGAAGAAGAAGAAGUUAUUAAAGUGGCCUCCAAAAUAUCAUCUAGCCGGGCUGAAGUGAUAGAGGAGACCAUAACCUCCACCAAAAAGAUGGAGAGGGCCAACCUGCACCAUGGGAGCAUAACAGCUGUAAAAAUGUAA